UCUUCCGGCCGUCCUCUGACACACUUUCUCGCGCUAACACCGAGUCUUCUCUUUUGUAGGUAACGUCAUCGUCAUUUCUAGAUGCCAGAUAGGUUAUCGUAUCAUGUCUUUCAUGUCCAAGAAGUCUACGCCCACAGCGUGGCGCAAGAAUUGCGUGACAACGACACUGAGGAAGAGGAACCCAGUGACAACGAUGAUGAGGAGGGCGAAUGGAGCGACGACGAUGAGGAGGAGGAGGAAACGAGCGAGGAUGCCGAUUCAAAAGACAAAGACUCUGAGGAUGAUGAAGGGAAGAACGAGUCGGGAAUCGAUGUCGACAUGUUCAAGAAGAGUCUAUCUGGAGAACUUUUAGGAGAAGCGAAGCAGAUAAUAGCACAGGAGGUGAGAAGAGGACUGUACAUCAAAUCAAGCAAGAGUGAGAAACCUCCUUACAACUUGGGAAACCGCGGCAGGAACGCACGUGUGUACAACAAGAAAGCUUACUACCACGUGAACAUGAAGAAUGUCGAACUAGUUCUGAAGGAAGAUUGCUGCAAGGCUAACUUUUACAAGAAGUUCACGGCGGUAGAUGUUUUCUACAAGCGCGAAGAAUUUUGGGCGAUGAAACAACCUGAGCAACUGAACUUCUUUCUCGCAGAGAUGAGGGUUGCGUCGUACUUUUUGGAUGAGGGAGAUUUAGAGGUGUUAAGAGUGACGUUCAACGGCGUAAAGAUUUAUGACCAUUUGGAGGGUUCACUGCCCGAAAGUUCUUAUUCCUGCAUUGAAGAGGUUCUCGGUCUGUUCCACAUAUCUGAAAUUCAAGACAGGCCGUUCACAGGCAACAAGUGCGUUCGAACGAGAGCAGGUGAAGAAGUUCCACCAACUGCUAACGGCUUUGACCAACGCUGGGAUGAUCUUUUCCCUCCUGAGAAACCCAUCUACAUCGGUGCACGAAAGAGCAGACAGUUUCGAGAGGACAGUGACGGAAAGUACGACGAUCUCGAGGUCAACACUUUCAUCGCAUUACGAGCUUGUUCGGGGCAGGAAGAGAGAGGCAAACCUUACCACAUUGGCAAGGUUGUCGAGCAGCUAGCAGGUAAACGAUUCAAAGUUGCUUGGUUUGCACAACGUGAGAAAGGAGAGGGUUACUAUCCUCAGUUCAAGACAAAUCCUCAAGGAAAGACUACGAGAGAGCCUUCCGAGGACGUCUAUGACUGGAGCUGCAGCGUUCUUUGUUACAACUUCCAACUGAAGACAGGUAGAACCCUCUUCUCGCAGACCAGACAAAAGAUCUCUGAGAUGUUGAAUUCCAUGACAACGGAGGAUGUCGACUAGGAAGACCUUCUAGGAACCGAUUGCUUCGGAGGUUGGCAGAGUGUCAUCGAGAUCGAGGUCAUUUCUGCUUCCUCAUUAGAUC